AUGGCCAUUCAUCAGGAGCCCUUGGACGCGGAGUCGUCCUCGUUUGUACUACCGGACCAUAUUCACCCGUGGCUGCGCUCAGUCGUUGUUCUGGGAUUCAUCAGCUUCUUCGCAUCGGUAUCAUUACUCUUCUUACUCACUUACAAACUGGUAUCCUGGCAAUUGCGAUCGAAGCGAAGCAAUCAAUUCGUCAUUCUGAUAUUCAACCUUCUGUGGGCGGAUAUUCAACAAGCACUUGCAUUCCUACUAAACGUCGAAUGGCUGCGACUGGGAUCCGUCGACGUCGAAAAUCCAAUAUGCUUUGCGCAGGGCUGGCUGGUAUCUACAGGUGAUCUGGGAAGUGGAAUCUGGUGCUUUGUCAUCGGAUUACAUACCUUUGCAUCAAUCAUCCUGAAUUUCCGUCUGAAGCCACGAAGCUUCUACGUUUGCAUCUUCCUGCUCUGGGUAUUUAUCCUUGGGGUAUCUUCAAUUCCCCUUGGUAUGUACGGAGAAAGCAUCUAUGUACGGUCUGGAGUAUGGUGUUGGAUUCAUCAUGACCUCGAAGACCUACGAUUGUGGACACACUACGUCUGGAUCUUCAUUUUCGAAUUUGGCAACGUCCUUGUUUACGCCAUAAUCUACACAAUUUUGUCAAUCCGCAUUCGAUCCGGCUACUACACAACCGAAGAAGCUAAACGUGUACGCUCCAUCGCAAACCUUAUGGUCGUAUAUCCGCUCGUAUACGUUGUCUGCACCAUCCCGUUGGCUUCCGCACGAAUGGCGUCAAUGUCCGGUAACCCACCGUCGCUUGCUCGUCUUUGCCUCUCGGGUGCCAUGAUCGUCUCGAAUGGCUGGCUUGACGUACUCUUGUAUACUUGCACUCGGCGCAUCAUGAUCUUUUCUGAUGAACCACCCUCUGAUGUCGAUGGCAUGGAUACCUUCGCAGCGUUCUGGAUCGAGAAGCCUAAGCGCUUUGGAGGCGAAUGUACAAUCGAAGCGAUGAAUACACACACAAGGGGUCGACGAUCAAAAAGCAAGGUAACACUACCAUCGGGAAGCGAAAGUUCAGACGAUCUUUGUGGGAUCGGUUCGAAUGACAUCAAGUUGGUCACUACAACAAGGGUCAUCAGCGAGCCGGCACAGCCAGAGGAUUUCGAGGAGAUGGAGGCUGAGGCGCGUGUGGUACGACCUCGCACGCCAACGACAAGAUGGAGCCAGGAUACAAGCGAUACGAACGGAAGUCGCAAUUUGAGUCUGAAGGAGCUGGCGAUACCCCACGUUGCGCACUGA